UCACUCGAUCUGCCUUUGUGAUUCUCAGCUGCCAAGUCCAAGCUUCCUGGCUGGCUUUGGAUCAGCGUGGAAACUUUCCACCCCGGGAGGAGGAUUCUCUGGAAAGUUCUGAGCCCGCCUGAGCGAGCAGAGGCUCACGGUGGGGCCCCGGCCCUUGAAUGCAUCUGUUCAGGGCUGGGGCGGAGGGUUUCAGGAGCCAGACGCCACCCUCUGCCUCCCAGAGCCCGGUCUCCCGAGGGGAGCUCCCCUUUUCCUGCUCACACACCUGGCCGGGCCCUCCUCGGUCCACAGAACCGAGGGGCCCGAUGGGCCCCAGCCCGGCCGUUGAACGGGGAGCACCCGGGAGGUCACUGGGCCUGACCCCCAGUGACUCCCAGGGGAUGAGGGAGGCCGGAGGAAAUUUGGAUUCUGCUGGUCCCCGGCAUCCUGGGCAAAGAACGUGGGGCAGAGUUUGGGAGCCGGGAGGUUUCAGGACUGACUGCAGCGUGGACUGGCUGGCUCCCCCACUUCACCACGAGUCGAGUCCCAGGGUCCCUCCUCACGUUGCACACGCUGGCUGGAGCGGCUCCAUGUCCAAGAGAACCGACCGUGGGCCUGGUGGGCAUUUCCCCGCAUCAUAUCCCACUAGAGAUGUGGCAUCCUCUCUGGCCCUCAGGGGAGUGCCGUGCGCCAGCUGUCCGUGGACGCGACGUCAGGAAGGGCCCCUGGAAAGAGAGGGGAAAGGACCGAGAAAGGAAGACUGUGCCAGAAGGAGGCGGCGGCGGGAGGAUGGAGGCGGCGGCGGGAGGAUGGAGGCGGCGGCGGGAGGACGGAAGCUGCAGGGGCCAGGGAAGGGGAGCCAUGACAGGUUUCCAAGCAAGAGAGGCCCAAGUCGGAGAGGCGAGCGUCGGCGGAUGCGGGAGGAGGCGGGGUUGGGAGCAGCGCUGGCGCGGCCGCCUGGGCCCCCAGAGAGGAGUCGGAGCAGGCAGAAAGUGAAGGACUUCGGCUCUGGGCCCUCCUGCACGAAAGGACUUGCCACCAAGAGGAAGCUCCAGCCUCCCUUGCAGCGGCCUCCCAGGCGGUCAGCCCCACUGGACAGCCCCGUCGGACAGCCUGACUGGACAGCUCGCCGGCGGGGAAGUGUCCGGCAUGGACCCCCGUUCUGUGUGAGGGGCCCCAUGGAGCAUCCGGCCCUCUGAGCACACAGCAGCCCUUCGUGUAUUUGAAGACGCCAUGUGCCCCCUCCGCCUUCACCUUCUCCUUCUCCUGAGCUCCUGUACCUGCUCCUCAGGCUGUCGCCGGACACCCUCCCCUGCUCACGGUAACGGUCAGUCGGUUAGCAGAGAGCUGGGAGGGCUCUGGGGGCCAGAACCUGUGCCCAUUCCUGCUGGAGGGAGGCUUCCUUCUGCUGCAAUAGACCAUAAAUAGAGAGAAACUCAAAGCAUUUUUCUGGGUACAAGAUACAGACAUGCUGAUGGGGAGGAGACAGUGUUUGGGGGACUCAGGAAAGGGCUCCUGGGGGGGGAGAGCGAAUUUAAGCAGGGCUCUGCCCCACACUGGGGGUAGUCCCGGCAUGAGAUGUACCUUCUGGGGGCCCUUGGGGGUGAAGGCGGGCAGCGUAGGCUCCCCACAGCUCACCAGCUGUCUAGCUUCUUUCCUUCCAGGCUCUCCAGCACCCAGGACGGCCGGCACCCUGUUGGAGAAUGACUGCCCUUUGGGGUGAGGUAGUAGGUUGUAUAGU